AUGAAGGCUCACAUCGGGAUGGAGAAUGAUCACCACCAGCUGGUGCAUGAGAAUGGAGAUUUUGGGAAUAAUGGUGGGUGGAUGGACAUCAAUCAGAACUACAAUCUGUCUUCGCAACACCAGUCGCCAGUAUACGAGAACGGGGUAUUUGCUUUCACGCAACCUUUCCAGCAUGAUGCGCUAUCAACAGAACAAUCAUUCACUCAGCAAAGGAUGCCGAUUCCACAAAAUUCCCCUCCUCAUACAUCGCCCCAACUGUUAUUACCUCUGAUCAUGCCUACCCAUCCGACGUGGCCUAGUAUGUUGACGAAUCCAGCGACUUAUCCGACACCACCUGUUGCGAUUCCUGCAACUGUACCUCCUCUGUCUAAAGGGAAUGGUAAGAAACUACCGGCAAUCCACGCGGCUCCGACUCCACGGAAGACACUCACGGACAGUGAUCGGAGGAGGAUGUGUCAGUACCAUGAGGAAAAUCCAACUAUUAAGCAGACAGACAUCGGAGCGAUGUUCGGUGUUGAGAGAAGGUACAGUUCAGCGUUUGAUCGUGCUCUGCAUCAGCUAAACUGUGUCAGUACCGUCUCAAAAGUGCUUCGCCAAAAAGAGAAAUUCUUGUUUCCCGAGGACCGAAAUCUAUCGCCAGUCAAGCGUGCCAAAGGCAGCAAAUAUCCAGACAUUGAGAGGACCCUUUCCAACUGGGUCAGGAAAUCCCAGCAGCAAGGCCAACUGCUGACGGACGAUGAUAUCAAACAAAAGGCUCGAUACUUUGCAGCCAACAUCCAUCCCAACGCCGACAGCCAUCUGAAGACGAACAGCGCCGCUUGGCUUGAGAAGUUCAAGCAGAAGAAUAAGCUAGGAGGCGCAAAGUUAACCAGAAGAGCCUCAGAGACCAACAUCUCUGACAGUGGCUCGUUGAAUCCAGAGUCUGCGGGACCAUCCUCGGCUUCGCAAACGCCCAACGGAAUAUCACCGAAAUCACCGAGUGGCUUGCCUUCACCGUCACCUGUAUCUGCAACUAAGAGCGAGGAGGACCUCAAAUCCGAUAAUAUGGACGAAUACUUCGCCAAGGAGAACGGGGGUUACCGGCAUUCGAAUUCACGCAGUACAACAUCUUUAUCGAGUGCCUUUACAGAUACAGCGCCUUCGUCGUUCUCGGGAGGACCUACAAGCCCUACAACCCCUUUUGCAUUCUCUUCUGAUCAGGGUGGCUCCUGGCUACCAUCGCAGCAAGCCCUUCUUUCGCUACCUCCUGGAAACGGCUUCCAGCGGCCACGAAGCCAGACAUUCCCUACGCUUGGGAUUGACCCUUCCUUCAUUUCCUCCCAGAAUGAUGAGCCCCUGACCCCGAAGUACAACGUCCCAGUAACCUCUCCAUCAUCAGCUCUGGACUCUCCGAUCCAUGAGAUGCCACAUCCCUUCGGCAUGGACUCGGCAAUCUCCUCGCCACCUCUGCACUCCUUGCACCACAGCAGCAGCAACGGAUCAAUGGCACCCCCACAACCAGGGACUCCAAUCACCGGGCUGAUAUCACCCCCAGGAUCCUCAGCACCCGGCUCUCCAACCCAAGACGACGCGCGACGGGCUCUCGAUACGCUACUCAACUUCAUCAGCCAAGCCCCCAGCGGCCUCGUUGAUCGGGACGAGUACUUGACAGUGCUGAAGCUCACGGAAAGACUGCGACUCCAGUCCAGCGGCGCGCUUCCAGGAGGACUCCAUCGCAUCGCAGAGCAGGAUUGUGAGCUCACUGCGCCAAAGAUGGAGCAAUCCAUGAGCGCAGGCUGUUAA